AUUAUAGAGCACGCUUGUACCGAUGUUGUCACGGUUGCCAGCACAAUCAAAAUAUAACUUUUUUUUUUUUCAUGCUCUAGUCUAAACCAAAAAGAUGGUGUUCCUAUAUUUUCUAAGAAAAUAGUACACUUUUAAGACUUAGAAAACUGAGAACGCACUCACGUGCUGCUCGUACGCCCACUAGUUUUGUAGGCCUCCCAGAGGGGGAGAGAAGGGAAGCAUGUUCCCUUUUGGCUAAAAUAGAUGCUUAUACCCCCUUGGCGUUUUGGCUAAAAUAGGUACUCAAGCCCUGGGCGUUUUGGCUAGAACAGAUGCUCAUACCCUUAGGCGUUUUGGCUAAAAUCAGGAUGUUCAAACCCCUCGACGUUUUGGCUAAAAUAGAUGCCGAUAUCCCUGGACAUUUUGACUAAAAUAAAUGCCCAUACCCCUGGGCGUUUUGACUAAAGUAGUUACUCAUACCCCCGGGCGUUUUGACUAAAGUAAUUACUCAAACCCCCCGUGCGUUUUGACUGAAGUAUUUACUCAUACUCCCCGGGCGUUUUGAUUAAAAUGGACGCUCAUACUCCCGUGCGUUUUGGCUAAAAUAGUUGACCAGGUCCCUGGACCAUUUGGCUAAAAUAGGUGCUUGGAUCCCUUUUGUCGUGUUUUGGGGAAAGGCACAUUAUUGAUACCCCUCCUCCACCCGGAUGCUAUUGUUUUCUUUUCUUGAGCAAAAGCAAUGAAAGAUAAUCUUUAAUCACUGAAUUUUCUGAGAUCGAAGACAACUCAUCAUUUUAAGUUGAUACUUAAUCAGAUGGAUUCACCAUGGUAACGUGACAAAGCCCUGUGCAGCUGCCAGUUUUGAAGUUGUCAGUCGGAUCUGGAUACUGACGUGAAAAUAUACUGAUAAAAAAUAAAAUAAAGGAUAUGUACUCCAAAGCUUGGUAAGCUGUGUUCAGCCAACUUAACGUACUGGCGAAUUGUCAAGGCAACUUGUUAAACACGACAAAAUCUUGACAUGUUCAUUUUUGCAACAGACCUUAGGAGGCCGUUGCAAAAUCCAGUAAAGCUUCUGCGGUAUUAUCUUUCGUCUUUCUUGUCUUUCUGGGAGGUCAACAUCAACUAAUUAAUCAACUAGUCAAGUUACUACAUGUAAAAAAGAGGUGACUACUUUCAGUAUACUAAAACAGUCCAAAUCUGGCGCAGCUUGGCGGGGCAAUUGAAGCGCUAUUGGUCGCUAAUCAAUCGGCAGCCAGAUUGACGCACUUGUAAGAUGAGAAAUUAUAUUUUCGAAUCCACCUUGAAAUGAAAUUAUUCCUACGCGUUAAAACAUUUAAACAGGUGAAAAUGAAUUUUCCUUCCUCAUCAUAUAUACGUCACAGUGAAAGUCAGUCAUUAAUGUGAACACAAAACCCAAAUAAGGUCCAUUUUUAAGCGGCGAUUCUGUUCACUUAAGUUAACUUUAUGUCAAUCGAAGAUGUGAUAAAAUAGCUAUCAAGAUUGUGCAACGUGUUUAGAAUUUACCCACGGGUAUGUUGUCAAUCUCAGAUAAAUUUAUUAUCCAGAAGAGAAGUCAGUUUUUUUUUGCCUAAUAGUCAAUCAUUAACCACAUUUUAAAACGCUAAGGACAAGACCAGAGAACGACGAAGAAUAUCGCAAAAUGAAAACAGCUACUAACUUAUCAGCGAGUCGUGAAAGAAUAACGCAUUACCAUUGCAUUUAAGUGCACAUAACGACAUCAAAAGAGCCCGAUUCAUAUACUUGGAUACCGGUAAUAUUAUAUCCUCUCGUUAAUUAAAUCUCUCUUCAACUGUGUUUAUUCGCUCCCCAGGCUAUAAAUAUGUAAAUAUGCACAUGCUUAGCGAGAAGAGUGGCAGAUCACUUUUCGGUUAAGGUUUCCGCUGUGUGCAAGUAAAAUAUCUGUUCUGGAGACUGUGGUUGCACAUCGUGCGAAGCAAGCAGAUCCUUAAUCCAACAUGCAACUGUCUCGCCUGAUAAUUACAACUGUUCUUCUACUGGGGAAGUCUUUCCUGGUGCAAAGCGUCUUUCUUCCUUGGUCAAAGAACAAGAACGACACUGAUGGGUUCAGCAUUUCAAAAUCACUCCUCGAUUUAACCAAGAAAUCUGCAAAUCUAAGAACCAACAAGGAACUUCAACAUCUAAAGAACGUGACCAGGCAAAUAUCUUUGGACGAGAGAUGCUUUGGUUCUGUCAAGGGUCCGUUAUCGUUUUCUUUCCACUUCAGUCAUCCCUACGCCUCUUUUGCUACCGAUCUCAAAGAUAUUCACGUUCGCGGAAUGUUCCCCUCUCUACUAGGGGACACCCUGGAUUACUGCUGCCAAGGAGGAGCUGACAAAAUUAAGUUUGCCAGGCUAUGGAAAAAGCCGCUGGACGCGGAAGAUCAUUUCCUGAGUGAUAACGCUAACGACUAUGAUUUUACUUUCCCGAUACACGCGCCCGCGGGAACGAGAUCGUUUCGGGACCACCCGUUCAUCCCGUUAGUGCGCGUACCCAGUGUGGUGCUCCUGGCGUAUGAUGGGAACGAAAGAACAACCAAGACUCAUGCUAUCGCCACGACAAUUCUAAAAGCUUGGCCUAUAAUGGUCUUCAUUUUACUUACAGCAACCUUUUCUGGUAUCAUUAUUUGGUUCUUGGUAAGCAAUUUGAAUUUCAUAUAUUGUACUCUGUACUCUGCGAGAGUAACGUCUGAGAAUGGAACCAAAAAAAUCCCCUCUGAUGACGCAGCUCCACAGAGAUCCAUUUUCUGAUCGGCUGUUGCGUGGUAACAAAUACUCUAUACAUUUUCGCGCGCCCUUAAAGGAGCUCGUUGACGGUAUUUUGAGUUCUUUUGGCCGCGAGCAGAAUUACCUUUAAAUUGAAGGAAACCUGAAAAUAGCAGCUUGCUGGUGCGGAAAAACACCAAAGAGGUAAUAAUAAACCAUAAAGGAACAAGGAUGGCUAAGGAUGUAGAACACGGAUUGUAAACGACGAACUCAGACGAACUUGAAAACUUUAGGCUAAACUUUUCAAGAUGGGCAAACGCCCUGACGUAGCUCCUUCCGUAUUUCAAAUACAGCGUCUCAUUUUUUGUGUGUACGUUUAUGAUUCAGAGUCGUUUUUGUUCUGGCACUGAGAAUAUCUGUACUGCGAAUAUCCGUCAGGGAUUUUUUCCUUCCUGGAGCGGAAUAUUAUCGAAACAAAUCACAAAUUUCUGAACCAUA